AUGCAACUGGAUCCGGAUCUAGAUGGUACAAUGGAAAAGAUUAUGAAACUGCGAGCAGAACUCAGCGCUACGGCUGGUCCAUCAGUCGAUCUUUCCAAAAAGGGAGCGCUCCUGGAGCUCACACCGCCGACAAAGACACUUCUGAUGCGGUGGCAGGACAAGGACACAUCAUUUGACUCACAACUAUGUGAGCUAUUUGGAGUAUCGAUGGUAAGAAUCAAAGAAGCCGACGAGGACCGCAUCACUCUAAUCGAAAGCGAUGGACUAUUUUGUGAAAGAUGUCGCAAGAUGAACAGGCAGCGCACUGAGAAGCAUUGCGUUAGAUGUAGUGCUGCCUUGGAGGGCGCUUUAUGA